CCAGUGUCCAGUCUCACCUGAUACAUCAACAGUCUGUUAAUUACAUAUGAUGUUGUUACAUAGACUUGGGAUGCAAAGAGGGGCCUGGAAUUACAGGAGACAGAGAUAGUUCUCUUGGUCAGUUGCCAGAGUUCAGGAUGAAUUAAGGAUGUCCGAUGUCAUCGUGGACACGGGCGCCCAACGGMGCCAUCCAGCUUCUGAAAGAGAAAUGUUGGAAGUUGAACUUCUUGCAUCUAAAGGAUGAGACAUGCCAGGCCACUGAGCUCACUGAGCUGUAUGGACAUUCUGAGACCUCUUCAAAGGAAACUCUAAUUGACGAGAAAAGUCCAAGGACCAAGUGCCCGGCCAGUGUCRCUGGGGCUGCUGACAUUCACAACACCAAUGAGGAGGCUUCAGAGGAGUCUCCGAAUAACAAUGUGGUGGAUGUUCAGGCUGUGCCGCUGGACCUGGUCAGUGUGGAGAAAGAGGCUGCUGGAGAUGGAAAGGUCCUCAGCAAGGUGGUGAAGCCCAAAGGGUGGCUGAAGGAGAGCUGCAAAGAUCAGCUAACCCCCAAAAUCUAUGAUAUGAUUGCGGAACUACCAAAGUCCUAUUUCAGAUCCACUGAGAGCCUUCCUGAGAUGUGUAGCAGAGGUCCUGAGGUGACCAGCAGAGGUCCUGAGGUGACCAGCGGAGGUCCUGAGGUGACCAGCGGAGGUCCUGAGGUGACCAGCGGAGGUCCUGAGGUGACCAGCGGAGGUCCUGAGCGUGACCAGAGUGGAGUGCCAGAGGCGUCAAACGCAGUGGAAGAGGUGUCCAGUGACACAAAGACAGAGGCUGCUGAAGACCUCCAGGACACUGAAAAUGUCCUCAGCAAGGUGUCCUAUUUUGGAUCCAACGAGAGCCUCCCUGAGGUGUGCAGCGGCGUGCCUGAGGUGUGCAGCGCGGCCUGA